ACUUUCUCUCUCUCUUCUUCUUCUUUCUCUCUCAUACACACCCAAAAAAACACACUCGCCGGGAAAUAAAAUAGAAACCUCACAAAUAAAUCACCGCCGCCGCGGCCGCUAUCAUCUCCGGCCACCAACAAAAUGUCUAUAUACGAUAAAGCAUUUAUGAACAGCGAGUUAUCAAAACCAACAUCAAUAUUCGGUCUCCGGCUAUGGGUGGUCGUCGGAAUCUUCGUCGGAGUGAUAAUAGUAUUAGUCCUGUUUCUUCUUUCCGUCUGCAUAACUUCACGGAGGCGCCGCCACCAUUCCAAAAACGAAACCCCAACAAAAGAGAUACAAGAAAUAGUGUAUCACCACCAUGAUCCGUCGGAUCACCGGAUGGCGGUGCCGGAGAUACAGAUAGAUAUAGGCAAAGCUGAACACCGUGUAGUGUUCUCUGAUCGGCAGUCUAGUGGUGAAAGUAGAGCUACUAGUGGUAAUAACGAUACGGCGUCGUUUGGUGGCGGUGGCGGUGGUGGCGGUGGCGGAAAUUCAGCUUUGCCGCAGGUGUCGCAUUUAGGGUGGGGGAGAUGGUAUACUUUACGUGAGCUUGAAGCCGCCACGAAUGGAUUGGAUGAUGACAAUGUGAUUGGGGAAGGAGGGUAUGGAAUUGUUUAUAGUGGUGUGUUGGCGGAUAAUACCCGCGUGGCGGUUAAGAAUUUGUUGAAUAAUAGGGGACAAGCUGAAAGGGAGUUUAAAGUGGAGGUAGAUGCAAUUGGGCGUGUUCGUCACAAGAAUCUUGUGCGUUUGCUUGGAUAUUGUGUUGAAGGAGCCUAUAGGAUGCUAGUAUAUGAAUAUGUGGAUAAUGGGAAUUUGGACCAGUGGCUUCAUGGGGAUGUUGGGGAUGUUAGUCCGUUAACUUGGAGUAUUCGUAUGAAUAUCAUUCAGGGUACUGCAAAGGGUUUGGCAUAUCUUCAUGAGGGUCUUGAACCAAAGGUAGUCCAUCGGGAUAUUAAGUCCAGCAAUAUAUUGCUUGAUCGUCAAUGGAAUUCUAAAGUUUCUGACUUUGGGCUUGCUAAGCUGUUGGGAUCAGAUAUAAGUUACGUUACAACUCGUGUGAUGGGAACUUUUGGCUAUGUUGCACCAGAGUAUGCUUGCACAGGCAUGUUGACUGAGAAGAGUGAUGUAUAUAGCUUUGGAAUACUUAUCAUGGAGAUAAUUACAGGGAGAAAUCCUGUUGAUUAUGGUCGACCACAAGGAGAGGUGAACUUAGUAGAGUGGUUGAAAACAAUGGUUGGAAAUCGUAAAGCUGAUGAGGUGGUUGAUCCGAAGCUUCCUGAAAUGCCAUCUUCAAAGGCAUUAAAACGUAUACUCUUGGUGGCUCUUCGAUGUGUAGAUCCAGAUGCCCAAAAAAGGCCCAAAAUGGGGCAUGUACUUCACAUGCUUGAAGCCGAUGACCUACUGUUUCCCCCUGAAAGAAGAGAACCUUCCCGUCCCAAUCAUGAUUAUAAAGGCGACAAUGCUAGAUUAAACGAUAAACAAUCUGGUGAUAGGUAUUCUGAUGCAAGUGAAGGGGGUGAUAGCAGCAGGAAUCAUACAUGGAGAUAGCACAACAAUCAUUUUCAUGACCAAAGAUCUGAGGUCUGCAAAUUCUCUUAAGCUUAUGAUCUGUUAUGUAUUAACCAAUUUUAUUUUAUAUUUUCUUGUUUUCUUUUUUCCUUAUGUAUUUUGUUAAUCUCCAAAAGUUAUAAUAUUACCAUUCAUUCUUUUGUUUGAUACCUACAGUUACACCAUUAGAACACACAUCUGUAUUAAUAUUGAAAUAAUUCAGAAAAAAUUCUUUCACCCUUUACCAAUCA